AGACCGCGGGCUAGUAGUCAGUCGGCGGUCGGAGUCCGCGCGCGACGGAUCGUGGGGUGAUACUCUUGUACUACUCGCUCACUCGGUCGGCGGCGGCGCGAUUGACUCCGCGCCACGAUUGACUCCGCGCGCCCGCGAGACAGAAGCACGUGCGUGCGUGCGUGCAUUCGUGGGUGCGUGCGUAAUGGCCCCGUGUGCUGCGGCAGUGAAAAGUGCGAGUUUCUCCGCGUGAACGCGCGUGUCCUCAGUGCCCGAGCAUUUUCGUAGCGGACGGCGAGAAUCAGGAAUACGCGAAUCUCUCGUCCGAACCGGCAAUACUCGCAGAGAUCGCGUCGCCGUGGGAAAUUAAUCGGGCGCGAGUGUGUGCGGCUCGAUCGACGGAAAGUGGCUGUUCUUCGAGUGCCGAAACUCUCCCGGGUCCGGCGCGAGUGAGCCGACAGUGGUACCGGAAGCGUCGAGGGUGCAGCCGGAGGAAGCGGAGAGGCUCCGUGCGUGAGCGGACGAAACCCGGCAGAGCGGCGCGUACGCCCACGUGGAAGCCCGGCAGAACGUUAAAUGAAUGUUGUUACGGCGGACGUUGGCGAUCGCGACGGGAAAAUCGAGGGGCAAGGAAAAUCACGGCAGGAUCGCUCGAUUUAAAUUCAUAGAUGUGCGAGCGAACGGGCCCACAAUGGUGGCUCGGCUCCCGCAACAAGUUCUGCUGCUACUCGUGCUCGUUACUGGAGCGUCCACGGGAGAAACUGAAGAUCCGCGAUGGAGCACGUACAGCGCUCGAAAAACCAGUCGAUCCUCGUUGCCGCGAUCCUGGCCGUCCUCGAGUCUAGAGCAUGCCGCGAGGGAGACUAGACCCUCGAAUGGCAAGCUCCCAGAAACUAGCUCUUGGAGCGUAGACAGAUCGAGUCCUGGAACUCGAUCGGAUCUGAGUUUCCUGGGAACGGUGGUCGAGAGAUCUGAAGAAGACGAGGACGGGAAGAGGAUGCAGUCGCCGGGGGGCAAUGACAUCGAGGACGCAAGGAUCACAAGCCAUAACCCGUCCAUCUCCUCCAGGAGCAACGAAACGAGCCAGACGGAUCUGUCCAAUCGGAUUUCCAUCGAGUCAUCGUCCCCGCAGUCGUCGCCGAUUGGCUAUCACCUCGUGAGGACCUCGUCGACUUCCAGAAGCUCUUAUGACAUAGUGCCAACGUCCGAGACACGACUAUCACUCGAGACGCUCCCGCGCGAGAACUUGGUAAACACGAUGUUGAUGACGACGUCCAUGAAAGACAUCGUCAUGUCACGACGCCACAUGAGACACAUCCCGGACAUCUGCGAGAAGUUUCAGAUCGGGGACGACACAAAGAGGGAGUUUUACAGCCCGAAUUAUCCCGAUCCAUAUCCGAAUCAGACGAAUUGCGUUCGAGUUUUGGAAGCUGACAAAGGUAUGCUACUGAAGCUCGACUUUCGGGACGAGUUCAAGCUCGAAGACAGCCCGGAUUGCCGUUUCGAUUUCCUCGAGGUACGUGACGGUCAGCACGGUUACUCUAAUCUCCUCGGCAACUUCUGCGGCACGAAUUUUCCCCCCGAGAUCACGUCGAAGACGCGAUACCUCUGGCUGCGAUUCCACAGCGACGAGAACAUCGAGGGCAAGGGAUUCAAGGCUGUCUGGAACACGAUACCGAGACCAACCUAUCCGGGCAUACUACCGGAACCAGAACCGUGCAUAUUUAACGUGACGGGUGCGCAGGUGAUAAUUCACAGCAAUGAUGUCAAAGACAGAAAGGCUCAGGCCGAGAAAGAAGGAUUCCCGUUGGAUUGCAUGUGGAUCAUUCAAGUGAAGGUGGGAUGGAAGAUUCAGUUGGUUCUGGACCCCUUUAGCCUGCAGCAUCCAAACGAGUGCGAUGCCAACUUUGUAGACAUAUUUAAAGACCAAACGGACAUACCCUCUAGAGUGAAACAAUUCUGUGGCAGUAUCGCCGACACCGUUAUUGUACCAACCAACAUCGCCCAUUUAAGGUUCUAUGCAGAGCCGAAGGCCAUCAACAGCACUUUCGAGGUGGUGAUGACCGCUGUCAGGGACAAGGAGAGCGGUGAAAAAUCUUGCAAGGAAGACGAGUACGAUUGCGAGGACGCGACGUGCAUCGCUGCGGAAUUGAAAUGCAACGACAAGGUUAACUGCCGUUUCAAGUGGGACGAAGACGAAGCGAAUUGCAAUAAGAACAACAUACGGUUGAUCGAUUCGCAGCACAUCGUCAUUAUCCUCGUCGUUUUCUCUCUAAUUAUGUUUGGCAUGAGCUUUGCCUUCGUCUUCAACUGCGUCCGGAAGCUCAUCCGCGAUCACCGCAUUAUCCAGGAGCACAUAAGACAGUCCAGAGAGAAUCGCUUAGACGAACUGGGUAGAAAAUCGACGCCGUGUCCAAUUUCGGUUUCCACAACAGAUCUACAUGAUCAUGGCAGCGAAUCGCCCAGUUUGGAAGUGUUGCCCAGCAAGGAACUGAUGCCACCCACCACUAUGAUACUUCAGGAGUAUACCAAGGACCUUGUCCUCGAGAUGACUUACAACACGAGCGACAUCACCGACAUUCACCAAAGCAAUAACGUGAGCAACGCCACUCAGGAACGUCUGCAGGAGUCCAGCGAGGAGCCGGAGAUGCGUGACAAUUGCUGCCAAACCCGAGAAAGCCUUUUCGAGCCGCGGAUACCAGACGCGGGGGUGCCGCUGGGUUUCACGACCUUUGGCGUGCGCGCUCCCAGCUCUCAGAACGGGACCAGUCUUCACAAUCAUCAUCAUCAUUACCAUCAUCGUCAGCAGUCGCAACAAAGUCCGCAACAGUCUCAUCAGAGCGUGCAGUCGUCGCAGCCGAGCUCGCAACUGUCUCAGCAGAGCUCGCAGCAACAGAGCAUUUCUCAAUGCUCCGGCUGUAGCCCGGCGUCCCGCGGACGGGACGGCAGUAUGGGUAUCUGUCCGAAGCACAAUCCCAUACCGGCGCCACCCGGCUGGUCCUCGACGACCGAGUCCAAUUAUCCACUGCCCGCGCCGCAGACUGCCCAGUACCCGGAACAGUUGGACUACCCGUCCUACCAGAGAUUCCAAAGUCCCAAGCCCAGCAGAGAGCCCAGCGGCGUUUAUCGACAGUCGCCCAAGUUUAUACGGCAGCCCACCGUGGGCUCCGGCGAGAGAUACGGUAGUUCCGUAUACGGAUCCGGCCACGGCUCUAGUAAUACCACGUCCAGCACGUCGCAAUACUCCUCCGGCAAUACGUCUACCAAGCGGCAGCCUCAGCCGACAAUGGACCCGAGGUAUCGGGCGGAGGCGGUGAUCGAGGUGGACCAGAGACGGCCGUUCAGCAUAGAGAGCACAAAAAGCGCCCCGGACGUGAUCGCGACGCACUGACGCCGGGGUCCAGGGGAUUGGGAGCCCUACAAGAGACGCCAUCCCCGCCAAAAUUGUCCGUCGGCGACUUGCAGUGGGAACAAGGUGACCGUCGCCACGCAGAGUUCUCUCGACGACGACGCCUCGACGAGCUCCACCGUAGAAGCGAACUCCUCCUCCUGAUCCACGUGUCGCGACGCGCUCGAUCGCGAGAAAUCGGGCGAGAAAUUACUUACGGUCAGUGACUUCUGCGAUCGCGAAUUGUCGAGAAUCAAGCAGCAGUCCGGGAGCGGUGAUAUAUCGACUCAUAUCCAUCCGACCGGAGAGAGACACGUCGAGGGAUUCUCUGGUGAAUCGACGAAACUGGAGGGAUCGACAACAAUCAGUGACGCGUCUGGUUCCAAUUCAAUCAACGUCAGCGCGGAGUCUCGAUUCGACGGUCCGAUCAACCAUCCCACGCCGUGCCCGAUAAAUCGCGCCGGCUGGACGACGGCGGGCGAUUCGCUGCUUUCGAGACCGUGGCGAGCGAAGGCAGCUUUGAAGCUGCACGACUUGCCGAUUCUACAACCGCCGGAGGGCUUCAGGGUACCUGUGUUCAGGUGCAGGACUCCGACUCUCUCCUGGCAGCACUGCGGGUGUCUUUCGCACGCGCAUCUACCGCCGCGGCGAUCAUCGAUCGCUUGGAGUGCCUUCGAGCGAUGCAGCUUGGACCCCAUGUAUCGCACCUGGCCUAAUCGAGCCACGAGGAGAUUCGGUCGUCCUUCGAGAAGAACGGUUGGCACUCAGAGCUCUUUCGACGGCGCUAGAUCGUCCCUCGGUUUCCUUCGAUGCGUCGUCAGAUCGAUCGACAUGACGGAGAGAUCGCUGGACCAGGAGAUCGGAGCUUCUAUAUCUUUCUAGUGUUCGCUUUACAGUUUGAACCACACCCCGGCCGAUUUUCGCGUCUCUGCUACGUUUUUCUACACACGCGGCGCGCACACGCUUUGAUCUCACACGCGAGCCGCCGCGUUUCUUUCUCGAAGGAAAACGUGAAUUUUCUCCAACGCGGGCUUAAUGUUAAUCGUAUCGUCGUUAAAAACGAUAAGAGAGUGUACAUCAAUCAUGUAUAUAGCCGUGUCUGCGGUAAGUUAUCGUUAGUAUGAGUGCGAUCCUAAUAAGCAGUGACAACUGUAUUCGCUUAGAGUUGGGGCGUUUCCUAGAGGAGGUAAAAGUAAAGAGAUAUUGUCGCAUCAGUCAGGCGGACCAGGUAAGUGCGACAGUUUGUAGUAUCGUGCGAAUAAGUUUCUGACGGAAGCAAUUGAAACCAAGCAAUCGAGAAUUAUUUUGCCCCAUAAACAAUGGCCGCCUUUCACGCUAUCUGUGCGAUAAAGGAAUCGUGAGACGGAACAGAAGAACGACAAAAAAAAAUCUGGACCUUAGACUCCGGGUCAGUACUUAAGCGCGAUUAAAUCGAGUCGUUUGAAGUAUUCGCGGUAUACUUAUAUACAGAAAAAAAAUGAAGGAAAAAGGAGAGAAACGCGCCGUCGAUUCCGAGUGAAGAUGAAAGGAUUCUUUUGCUUUUGAACUCGCACUUGUGUAUAAAGUACAUUUAAUAGUAUUUAUUUGUAUUUACAUAUUUGCAUUAAUAUAUUAUUCUAAUAUCUUUUUCAUAAUCUUUCUUUUAGCAGUGUACACGUAACGACUUUGGUUUAACAUUAUAUCUAAAAACUGCAAUGCGGAGUAAUAUUGCACCAGUGUAAUUAAUCUUGCGAUGAAAAAAAUUUAUCUGGGUUAUAGAGUGAAACGAGUUUUCUUUUUCAUUUCGAACAUUUCCCUUAAAUUAUAUCAAACCAAAGUCUCGUGAAAUGUUCUGGACCGAUGUGACUUUUAUUUUCAUUAGAAUAAAAAUUCUGCCGGGGAAAGAUGAAAAUUGUAUCGUGCCGUGACAGAAAUUCUUCCGAAUGUUCGAAUAAUUUUCGCGAGCCCGUAAUGGGGCAGCGUGAGAUAAGAAAACGCGCUCUAUCGAUGCUGAUUAUUGAUUUCUGCGAAAUCUCGCGGGCUUAAUGGAACGUAACAUAUCGGGAACGGAACUUCAUUCGUUCUUACACGUAGCACCGCCUGGGAACAGAGGCGGGAAUCGAGGGCUAUUAAUCACUCGUUAACCGAUGAGAAAAACAAACCUCCACGAUGGCCUGCGGUCUUCUCCACUUAGUCGCAAGGAAAAACGCGAAUUAAAGUGAUUCGUGGGGUUUCCCUCGUGCGUGAAAAAAAGAAGAAACGGCUAAUUAUUUUGAUCGAACAGGCACCUCGCGAGUUAUCGAUUCAGUGCGAAUUUGAGGAAGAAAUUCAAACCGUAUAUCCCUGGAUAAGGCCACUGGAUUCGCAGAACAUUGUGUUUCUCUGAUAUCCAACGUAUUCCCAUCACGUAUAAGUCUAACCGUGUGCUUCGUGAAACGAUACUUCUUCUUUAGCAACGCUGCGUGUAGCGUGCCGGAAGACGUUUCCGAUAAUUCUUCCUGCGAAUCUAUCGCAGCUGUGGAUCAAACAAAGGAUUAAGGUGGGAGGUAAAACGCGAUGUUCUAACAUUCGAUUUUAGGCGUGUGUUCACGUUCCGCAUUUAAUCCUAAAAUGUGCCGACUGAAAUGCGACUCUAGAUAGAAAAUGCAAAUCCGAGUUUUGCUUCUCGGUAUCGUUUAACGAUAUCCCCGCGGAAUGCGACUGGCAUUGAUCGGCGUCAAGAGAGAAUGAGAGAGAGAGAGAGUGAGAGAGAGAGAGAGAGAGAGAGAGGGGGGGGAUCUGCAAUGAUGUGCAGACGCGUGCGCGACGAUAAUAUUAGGCGAACUAUUUUUACAUGUGGUGAGAUUUCUACGGAAACGUGCGGGUUUGCGCGCGCUCGGUCAGCAGGUAGUUGAAGAGAUGCAUUUAUAAUUCGUAAUACACACACACGUACGCACGUUAUUUCACACAUCCACGUGGAUAUUUGACCAAUUUGCGUAUAUGUGCAUGCACGCACGCCACGCCACGCCCGAUCGCGUCAAAUUUGUAUCUCCGAUCGGCCGGCACGCGCAGCUGCUCACGAUCCACGAACGCGGUACUUAUUUUCAUCAGCACCCCGGGAUGUGAGUUGAAUAUCGGACAAACGGCGGCCUUGCGUCUAUUUUACGAGUGCCGCCGGGGACGUCUGAAAUCACACGCGGUCUGAUAGUCACCCAAGCAUGAUAGCGCGAGCAUGCACGCGACGGCUGCACAGCUUCCGCUUUAAGCUCUGUGUGCGAACCAUUAGAUCACCCAGCGACUCUGCAGCUGGACGGGCCGCCAUUAAUUCUUGUAUAUGGUUAAUUCCUUGUAAAUGUUGAAAGCAAUGUUACAUAUGCCGCUUUUCUGUCUAAUUUACAAUUUAGCUGAAUAGUGUAUAAUGAAUAAUAAUAAGUUACUCGCUGCGAAGCAUAGGGCAUUAUUUAUUUUGACAGUGAUACUUUAAGCUUUCCGUCAGAAAAUAUAUGGAUUUUACUUUCAGUUACCUUCUCAAAAUCUCUCCCCCGUUUCUUCGUCAAGUUACAAACUUAAAAAUACUUCCUGUAUUACUGUCUCACUCAAUAUCUAUCGAUCGUCCCCUAUCUACUACCCUUAAUACUUAUUCAUCCGAUAUGUUCCUUAUUAUGCUUAUUUAUUUAUAAAUUAACCCACUAUUUAUAUUAAAAAUUUUUUUCCAGUUGUGUACUUUUAAAAGACGGUGUAAUAUUAUUAACUUUUUGUUCUAAACUCUUGCUGAGUAGUUUAUUUGUUAAUGAGUUUUCUAAAAGACGCUUCUCUAUUCAUGAAAAAUCCACGUUCUUUUAAUUUAGAAAAUAAUAUGUGUCGUUAUUGUUACUAAUGUUAUUACUACUAAUAGGAAAGGUAUAGAAAUAAUUGUAUAUACUUGUGUGUAUUACGACGAAAUCUGAUCUGAACAAGCUAAAACCUCUUCGGACGACGAGGGGAAAAAAGCUCGAGUCCUAACAAGAAAAACAUAUGUGACUUGUAUACAUAUAUAUAUAUAAUCGUACAUAUCCGAUGCAACAGUAUUACGACUAAACGAUAUAUUUCAUUGAGUAUGAUUUACCUUCGCGUGUCCCCUUCGUGCCAUUUCGACAUUUGAUUCUGUCCUCACGCAGAAUGUGUACACACACCAAAAGAAAUAAAAGAAUGCGACCGUGCGUGCGCAGACUUCUGUAUCCACGACCAGAUCGCUAAUUAAAUUAGUCAAUUAAAUUAAAUUGAUCGAGAGCAUGCGUGAAAAUCACUUAUGAUCGAGAGAACUGUGUUCACAGUGCAGUUUGGAAGCAAAUCAAGACCUAAUCGAGUAAUCCGAAAUUUAUGUACAGAUCACGUGUUAACGUUUAACGUGUAGAACAGAAUGUACAGAGUGUACACAUUUGUAUAUAAACUCUCUACAAUACGAAUACCAAGAAGAUACACACGAGAGGAAUGAUGAAUAUAGUACUUUUAAAAUAAA